UCUCAGCUGUAGCUUCAGUUCCCGUUACCGCUUUUCAAGCACAUCCAUACUACCCACGCCACCCCCCCGCCAGACAGGUGCGGGUGCCUAAAUAGUGCCUAAGAAUUUACAUUGACGACGUGUGGCAGUUAAACCAAAACAAGCUACCAAAAUGGCUGUUAUACCCUGCUUUUAUGUGCCAAAGCGCAUGAAUGUGGCCAUAAUGAUGUUUAUGAUUUGCCUGAUCAAUUAUAUGAUGCGCGUCAAUCUCUCCAUCAAUAUUAUUGCCAUGGUGCAGGACCGCGAUGCGAAUGGCACUAUUAUAGAGCAACCGGAUUAUGGCAAACGCUACGAUUGGUCACAACAGGAUCAGGCCUUGUUGCUGGGCGGUUACUUCUAUGGCUAUAUGGUUACCUCGCUACCCGGCGGCACCAUCGCUGAAAUGAUGGGACCUCGUAAUGUGGCUGGCUAUGGCUGUCUGAUAGCUGCAGCUCUGACAGCACUUACUCCGCUGGCUGCUUCCUGGGAUAAGUACGCGGUGUUUGCGCUGCGUGUGCUGAUUGGUCUGGUCACAGGUGUUAUGUAUCCAUGCUGUCAUUGCUUGGUGUCCAAGUGGUCGCCACCUGAUGAGAAGGGCAAGUUUCUGGCUGCGCUCAUGGGCGGCACUUUUGGCACGGUCAUCACCUGGCCACUGUGUGGUCUUAUUAUUGAAAGUCUCGGCUGGGAUUGGGCUUUCUAUAUUGUAGCUAUAAUUGUCGUCGUUAUUUCCUUACUCUGGUUGUAUCUGGUAGCCGACACGCCGGCUCAGCAUAGCUCCAUCAGUCUCAAGGAGCGCGAAUAUAUUGAGAGCAGUCUGAGCGGCACACUGAGCAAGCAAGCGAAAUGGCCACCAUACAAGCAGCUGCUGGUUUCCAUGCCCUUCUAUGCGCUUUUGUUGCUCCAUUAUGGCAGCAUGUGGGGUCUGUUCUUCCUUCUGACCGCCACGCCCAAGUUCUUGAGCGAGGUGCUUGGCUUCAAUCUCUCCUCGGCUGGUUUCCUCUCCAGCUUGCCGCACAUUGCGCGUCUGCUGGCUGCGUUUGGUUUCGGUUCCGUGGCAGAUUGGCUACGUCGCAAGGGCUGGUGGACUAUCACAUUCACUCGCAAAUUCUUCAGCGUACCUUCUCACAUCAUACCCGGCAUCAUGCUUAUUGUUUUGGCAUUCUUUGGUCGUGAGCCAUAUUGGUGUAUUGCCAUAAUGACCAUCUCGCUGGGCUUUAACGGUGCUGCCACCGCCGCCAAUUUGGCCAACUCGCAGGACUUGGCGCCCAACUUUGCGGGCACCUUGUAUGGCAUCAUUAACUGUCUGGGCACGACACCCGGCUUCUUCUCCCCAUUGAUUGUAGCGGCCUUUACCAAGGACAAGAAUACCAUUGAUGAGUGGUUCUGGAUAUUUAUUAUUGGUGCUGCGGCUUAUAUUUUGCCAGCCCUGUUCUUUUGGGUCUUUGGUGAUGGCAAGAUUCAAAAAUGGAAUGAGGUGGAAACAAAGGAGCCACGCGAAGAUGUUGUCAAUACAAAGUUGUAGUUUGUGCCUUGGCAACUUCCUGUGAUGAUUUAGUACUAAUGCCAUAUAAAUAUAUAUAAAUCUUUUAUAUAUAUGUCUGUGUACAUAAAUAAUGUUUUAUA